AUGUUGGUACAUUGCCAGGACGUGGCAGAGGAAGAAGAGGGCUCAGAGAUCGAUCCGCUUUCUGAUCCAGAAGAAAGAAGGGUUCUAUUUGCUGCCCUUGAUUCGUUCCGACAAUACCGCCAGGCUGCUCAUUAUAAUAUCACCCAUCUACGACGCCAAUCUUUCUAUUCACUUCCUUUGGCUCAUAUGGAAUUACUGGCUUCUGAGCCAUUCAGUCUGCCCAAGACUUUGGACGCCGUGGAUGCAGCGAUCGAUGUGAACGCCGAUAUAGCCGAAAUCGUCCUUGCUUUGGGUCUUAAUAUGUACGGUAUAGACCCUGAAUCAACCGAGUGGCAUGGAGCAGCCACCUCGCAAGACAUGGACAAAGUUCGCUCGACUAUUCGCCAACUGUACCGCGAUUGGGCCGCUGAAGGUGAUCCCGAACGAGAAGCAUGCUGUGGGCCCAUCUUGGCCGGCCUCAACAGGGCUUUCAAAGACAUCAGUCCGGCCAAGCGCUCUCAUGUGAGCGUACUAGUCCCAGGUGCUGGGCUAGGACGUCUGGCUUUCGAGAUUUGCAAUGCAGGCUAUGCCAUGGAAGGGAACGAAAUCUCGUAUCAUCAACUUCUGGUCAGCAAUUGGAUACUCAACUAUACUUCAGGUCCGAGAUCACACGCCGUAUACCCUUGGGCUUUGGGGUUCUCAAACCAUACGCGCCGCUCUCACCAACUUCAAGAGGUACAAGUUCCUGACGUAUGGCCGUCUGAAGAGCUGGACAGGAGCUACAAGGAGCUGAAUGCUGAUCUACAUGCUUACCAACGAAUGUCAAUGUCUUCGGGCGACUUCUGCGUCUUGUACAAAGAGCCACGAUACGAAGCUGCUUUUGACGCAGUCACUACAUGCUUUUUCAUCGAUACGGCACCUAACCUCAUCGCCUACAUCGAGACCGUCAAACACUGCCUCAAGCCUGGGGGCGUCUGGAUCAAUCUCGGACCUCUACUCUGGCAUUUUGAAGGCGGUACGCCCGAGAAGAAAACCUCAUCAACGUCCUCAUCUCAAUCAGAGGCAGGCAGAGAAAGCCAAGACAGAAACCGAGGCAUCGGCGAAUCGGGUUCUUUCGAGCUCGCAGAUGAAGAGGUCGUCAAGUUGGUCGAGCAUUUUGGUUUCGACAUUGUCGAACACGAGUUGGUUGUUGGCGAAGCUGGGUACAUUCAAGACCCACGGAGUAUGUUGCAAAACAUGUACAAGCCCAGCUUUUGGAUGGCUAGGAAACAAUUGAUUUGA